UGAGCCAACGUUCCACCAGAGGAAGGCGGAGGCUUCGGAGGAGCCAAUAGGAGCCGGGCCAGAGGCGGAGUUUGGUGCCGGGCCUCAAGCCGAAGGGGCAGGCGAGUUGCGCUGAAGGUGGUCAGUAAUGGCAAGUGAUGCCAUCAUGGUGAUGCGAGGGCUGGCAAAGCUCAGUAAGGCAGUCGUAGAAACUCAAGCGGGACAGGUCCGGCAAGUAGUCCUUGGUGGUGAUGCAGUAACCAUAGCUCGAAGCUUUCAGGCUGCUGCUGAAGAGCAGUUCAGUGCUGCCAUGGGGAAAAUGCAGGAACUGGGCAAACAACAGGAGAACUUGAAAGAUAUUGAUGAGGACUUUGGAAGAGAUUACAACUUCUCAGAAUCGGAGCUGGGAGGUGCUGCAAAGGACUUCUCUCCUUCCCCUCCUCCUCCAGACCAGCCUCCUAAGUCUAGUGGUGCAGAGGGCCCGUCUUACUCUUACGUUGCCAAAGGACCUUUUCCAGACAUUGGCCAGAGUGGAGACCCCACUUCAAGUCGAAACCCCAUCUUUGCCAAAGUGAAUGCAAAGCUCUUUGGAGGCUUUAGGGACCCUGGGAGUCUUUUCGCUUCUGCUUGGGGGCAAAGCCGGGCUUUUCACCAAGACCAUUCCCCUGUUAGUGGACUAACGGCUGAAGAUAUUGACAAAGCCAGACAAGCUAAAGCAGAUCCACAGCACAAACCGCACAAACAGAUGCUCAGUGAGCGCGCCCGAGAGCGCAAGGUGCCAGUUACACGAAUUGGGAGACUCGCUAACUUUGGAGGCCUAGCUGUUGGUCUUGGCAUUGGAGCAUUGGCAGAGGUUGCAAAGAAGAGCCUCAGAUCUGAAGACCGAGAUGGAAAGAAGUCUGUUACGGAUUCCAGCCCAUUUCUGUCAGAGGCCAAUGCAGAAAGAAUUGUGAGGACCUUAUGCAAGGUCCGAGGAGCUGCACUGAAGCUGGGGCAAAUGCUGAGCAUCCAAGAUGAUGCAUUCAUCAACCCACAUCUGCAGAAGAUUUUUGAACGUGUCCGCCAGAGUGCAGACUUCAUGCCUUUGAAGCAAAUGAUGAAAACGUUGAACAAUGACCUUGGCCCUAACUGGCGUGAUCAGUUGGAGUUCUUUGAAGAGCGGCCUUUCGCUGCAGCUUCGAUUGGGCAGGUUCACCUGGCUCGCUUGAAGAAUGGGAAAGAAGUUGCCAUGAAAAUCCAGUAUCCUGGAGUAGCCCAGAGCAUCAAUAGUGAUGUCAGAAAUUUGAUGACUGUCCUAAGUAUGAGCAAUGUUCUCCCAGAAGGCCUCUUCCCUGAACAUCUGAUUGAAGUUCUGAGCAGAGAGCUGGCCCUGGAAUGUGAUUACAAGAGAGAAGCUGCAUGUGCUAAGAAAUUCAGGGAGCUGCUCAAGGACCAUCCCUUUUUUUAUGUCCCUGCUGUGGUGGAAGAGUUGUGUAGCCCCCACGUCCUGACAACAGAACUGGUGACGGGGUUUCCGUUGGAUCGAGCCGAAGAACUCAGCCAGGAGAUACGCAAUGAGAUCUGCCACAACAUACUUGUUUUGUGCCUGCGAGAGCUGUUUGAGUUCAGAUACAUGCAGACUGAUCCAAACUGGUCUAACUUCUUCUAUGAUCCAGAAUUGCAUAAGGUGGCACUUCUGGACUUUGGAGCAACCCGGGGUUUUGAUGAGGAAUUCACAGAUGUCUACAUAGAGCUAAUUAAAGCAGCUGCCGACUUGGACAGAGAGAGAGUGCUGAAGAAAUCAAUAGAAAUGAAAUUCCUAACUGGCUAUGAAAUCAAGGCUAUGGAAGAUGCCCAUUUGGAUGCUGUCCUCAUCCUUGGAGAAGCUUUUGCAGCCAGUGAACCUUUUGACUUCGGCUCCCAAAAUACCACUGAGAAGAUUCAUGGCUUAAUUCCAGUCAUGUUGAAGCACAGGCUAGUCCCACCACCAGAGGAGACCUACUCUCUUCAUCGGAAAAUGGGAGGCUCCUUCCUCAUAUGCUCCAAACUGAAGGCCAAAAUUCCAUGCAAGAACAUGUUUCAGGAAGCCUACAGUAAAUACUGGAGUGGAAAAGCCAAGAAUGAAUAGGAGCACAGGGGAACUGUUGGACACCAUCUUGUGCUUAUGGCCAAUCUUCCAGGUUCGAGAAAACCACAGUAUAGUUUUUUCUCUCUCCUACACCCAGAACAGCAGCAACCAGCUUCCUGCAAGCAGAAUACCUGGUAUUAAGAACAAUUUUGUUCUUUUGUUGGACAUGGCUCCUCCACGUUACACUUUCACCAGAUUCUCUGUGUAGUGCUUGUUGUCUAGAGUAGGGAUUGUGAGGGAAGGCUAGGCAGCUGUGUUUCUUACAGUCCUAGGUAUUGGCUCUCUUUUUUGUAUUUUAAUACCGAUAGCUUUGUACUCAUUUUGUUUUGUUUUCAAAAGAAAAACACGCAAGGCAUGCCGGAAAGAGAGCCAAACAAGUUGGCACUGAAAUCAUAUUGUAAUUCUCCAAAUGUUUGUGUGUUUUUUCUUUUUCAGAGAUCCUUUAAUUUCUUCUUCUAGGAUAGAAUACAAAUGGUUUCAUACUCUGAAGUGUAGAUUGCCAACACAGCUCACAAGAGAAUCCUAUUUUUGUAUGAUGUUUAGUGGGAAUCUAUAAUGGUCAGGAUCUCCUGAUGAAGCAGUGUAAGAUUUGUACAUAAUCUAUUUUAUGCCUUCAGUCUCUUAAGGUUUCAAGGAAAGUGAAGAUUUUCAAGAAUCUAGUAAGUGGUGCAGUGUAUGUAGAACAUCCCCCUUUGAAAUUGGGUUGCUUGUCUCUGAUUCUCUGAGCUGAGUGUAUACGCAAUGUAGUUAAUGAGGUUCUCUUAUUAAAUGGAGAAUUAGAGAAGCCAAAGUAUUAACUGUGGCAUUUAUAGAAGCCUAGAACUUUCUCCAUCUUCAUACCUGCAUCUUUGUAAAGCAACCUUUGAUGGAAGGGAGGAGAUAAAUACUCUGGGCAUUUUACAGAAGUACCAAUGUGUUUCAGUAUUUCUUUGAAAAGCAUAAUAUACAUUUAAGUAGCUGGACACACAAAUUUAAGCAAUCAGAGGCAGGCUGGCAAAUGUAUUUUGGUUUUUUUUGUACAACAGUUGUAGCUGUACAACUUCCAACUGAUUUCCAAUAAAGAAGUGCUUGUGCAGACA